AUGGGGGGAGGCAGCGCAGAUGAGGCGCUGGAGGGUUGGGUCACCGGGGCAGCAUCGUCGGGUUGGCGGAGCAGUGGCAUAUGGAGGUGGCACGACAGGGGUGUGGGAGGGGAGGGUGUGGGUCACCAUGGGUGGCAGUGCAGAGGAGGCGCUGGAUGGGAUGGGGAGGGCCUGCGGGAGGUUAGAGGUGGUGGCUCCACGCGGGAGGGUAGGCUGGCGACGCUGGAGGGCGGGAGGGCCGAUGGAGGAUGGGUUGGGGAGGGCCAGUGGAGGUGGCAUGACGCGGCAGGGUUGGGAGAUGAAGGAGGGUAG